AUGUCUAAAGGAAAGGAGAAUAAAGUGGGUUCUUCUACGCCUUCAUUUGAUGAUGAGGAAGAUAACAACCCAUUCCCACACAUGCAAGGACUCGCAAGUCUAAUGAGUGAACAUGGGAUUUCUAAUGGAAGUAAUAUACAAGAUAAAGGAGACAAGGACAAUAAUGGUAAUAAUGGUGAUGAAGAUGAUGAUUCAAUACUACUUUAUAAUUCUAAUAAUCAAAAUGAUUUUAAGUCUGGCUUGAAUAAAGAUACUUUCAAAUCAAUUCAAAUCAAUUAUGAAAGUAGAGUAACCAGGCUAUUGAGACCUAAUAGUAAUGUGAGGAUGCAAAUAACGAAAGCAGGAAAUUCUAAUGAGGGUAUGAUAAACACGCUGAAAACGUAUAUCGUUUAUAGCAUACAGCUAAUUAACAAUGAUGACCCUAGUGAUGAAAUACAAACUCGAAGAAGAUACAGCGACUUCGAAAGCUUACGAGACGUACUUAAGAAGAUAUUUCCAUUGAUUAUUAUUCCUCCUAUCCCCCCUAAAAAUUACUUCAAGUUUUCAAUGCUCAAUGAUUUGGUUAGCGGAAACAUACUGCAAUCGUCUAACAAUAGCAGCAAUAACAGUACAGGUGCAAAUACUUCGACAAAUACUACGAAUGGAUUGGGGUCAAACUCGACUAAUUAUUCCUAUAUUAAUUCGACGCAUUUGAAUAAGAAUAAGCUUAUUGAGCACAGGAAGAGGCUUCUUUCUAAUUUUCUCAAUAAUUGUUUAGCAAUUCCUCAGAUAAGGAAUUUAGAAUUUUUUGCUAAAUUUUUGGAUCCUAAUGCAAACUGGACAGAUGAAAUAACUUUAAUUUCCAGUCAAUUGCCUAAAUCUAUUUACUUGCUGAAUCCGGAAAAUGGUUUGAAAACAGACUCCAUUUAUGCUAAUUUGCCUAAUCCAGUUGGUAACCAUUCAAUAAAUAUGUCAUUUUGGAAACCUUUACAAGAAAAUAAGAAAAAGCUAACGAAGAAAACCAACAAAAUAUUGAACAAUGGAAAUACAGAAGCAUCAUCACAACCAAGUACAGGAACUAUAAGUCCAGUAAAUAAUAAUCCUGAUCAUCUAAAGAAUAAGUAUAUUAUAGACAAUUCAUGCCUAGAUGACAUCAAUAAGAAGAUUAUGGCCAACUUCAUAGGACUAGCAAAUGAUUAUACUGAAUUAGGAACAAUUUUUAAUUCCUUUUCAUUAAUAUUAUCUGAUUCUCCCAUGAUUCGAUCUGCAAAAGCAAAAAAUAACCAAGAAGAAGAUUCUAAAUUAAAUAUAAUAUUUGAUAAAAUAGGACAAAUAUUUGAUCGUUCCUACAUAACUAUAAGUACAUUAAUUGCAGAUCUCGAAACCAAGUUUUCAGAGCCAUUGGGAGAGGCGGUUCAGUACUCGACUAUAUUACAAUUUAUUGAAAAGUUCGAGAGACGUAAGGUUCGUCAGAAGCGAUUGUUAGAGGAUGAUGUAAAAGAAAAGAAGCACGAAUUAGAAGAAUUAUUGAAAGCGGAGGAAGAGUCAUCAAGAAUUGAAAGUGUGAUGCAUGUGCCUAAGAAUUCAGGUUUUAAUUCGAGAAGCUCUAAUGCAACCCUGGAUGCAAACCUGCAAAGCAUAAAAUCUGCUAACAACAAAUAUAAGUAUCUACCUAAUAUGAAUUCGUUUAAAAAGAUUACUCAAUAUGUCACUGAUAUAAUAGACCAGAAUCCUGAGCAAACUAGGAAACAAAAAAUAACUUCUCUACAAGGAAAAAUAGGAUUGUUAGAGAAGUGCCAAGGUAUUAUGCUCCAGGAUAUCUCAUAUAUCACCGAUGAAAUAAACAAGAACUUUAAACUGUUCCAUACUAAACAAUUAAAGAUAAUUUAUGAGAUAUUGUUAUGCUAUAAUGGCUUUCUUGUUGAAUGGGCAAAGAAAAAUAUUGAUAUAUGGGAAGAGAUAAAAGAUGAAGUAGAGAAGUUAUAA